CCAUUUUAUGAAAAAGUGAGUGUAAUUUAGUCGUGUCGCGUGAACUAAAGAAAAAACAGCAAAAGGUCUUGUUGAAAGUCUAGUAGCUAUAAAAGUGAAAUUCCAGAAAUCUGCUAAUUCAAAUGAAAUAAAUUUCCUUAAUAUAAAGCAGUAUUAAAUAAAUGUUAUUGCGUAAGGGACGGCGAACAUUGAUAAUUUAAAAAUACAAAAAAUUCAGACAAAAUGUGUUAAUUGAUUGGCACGGAAGUGAUGAAUUUGGGAAUUAAUAUAAAAUAAAAUAAAAAAAGAAGGAACAUCUAAUUUUUUCUACAUACAGAAAAUCGAUUGGAAAUAAGUUUGCCUAACCUUUAAGAUUUCAUCAUCAUUUCUCGAUGGUGAAAAAUCGAGCAUAGCAUAGCAACAUAACGCGAAAAGUGAAAACGGACGGAAAAGAAUUGUUUCGAAAGAAAUAGAAAAAAAAAGUACACAAAAAUAACUUUGAAAGUUGUGAGAAGAAAAUGUUUAACAACAGAACACGCAUUUCUAAAAUAGACAGAAAAUCAAUACGAAGUCAAUGGAAGAUUGAAAACUUCUCAGCCGCUUCGCAUAAAAAUACUGAAAAUUUUAGUUUAACUAAAGAAAUUUGUGUUAAAAAUAAAGACUAUCUUUGAUUUGUAGUAAAUCUUUAUUAAAACAACCAUAAAAUACCAAAGAUAAAGAGAGAGAGAAAGAGAGAAAAAAAUUGUAUGCUAAGUAGUUCAAUAUUUAUUCAACCCAAAAAUAAAAUAAAAAAAAAACCCCGCAACGGUCGUAUUAUACCUCACCACUAAGUUAUGCAUACAUACAAAACUAAAACACUGUGUAUGUCGAGCAAAAGGUUUUUAAUAUAAGCAACUGCACAAAAACAACAGCUAAUAAAUGAACUAUGCCACAACAACAACAUCAGCAUAAGCAAUGCCUUAGUUGCAAAUAUUUAUGAUAGAAAAAUAACAGUAAUACAAAAAACUAAGUAAAGAAAAACUCUUAAAAAAGAAAAAAAAAGCAAAGAAAGAACUCAGAAAAGUCCAGAGCUGUGCAAAUUAAGCAAUCGUAAAAGUUUCCCAAAAACGAAAUAAAGUUCCUUCUUGUGAUACACACAUCAAUAAACCCGACAGUAGUUUAUAACGCUUUCAUAAAAGGUCGUCAAAAUGUCCGCUAUGAGUUCGACGAAAUCGGCAAAGGUUUCCAGCAGCAAACUGAGUUUAAUAUCUCAUAUCAAAUAUGAGCAUUUAGUGGCAGGCAUUUCGGGUGGAGUCACUUCCACAUUAAUUUUGCAUCCUUUGGAUUUAAUUAAAAUUCGAUUUGCUGUUAAUGAUGGCCGCACUACUACCAUACCGCAAUAUCGUGGUUUGGGCAGCGCAUUUACCACCAUAUUCCGUCAGGAGGGAUUUCGCGGCUUAUAUAAAGGUGUCACACCAAAUGUUUGGGGUUCCGGUUCGUCGUGGGGUCUCUAUUUUAUGUUCUACAACACGAUCAAGACUUUCAUUCAAGGUGGGAAUACGGCAUUGCCAUUGGGACCGGCUAUGCAUAUGUUAGCCGCCGCUGAAGCCGGUGCUCUAACAUUAGUAUUCACAAAUCCUUUAUGGGUGGUCAAGACACGUUUGUGUUUACAAUACGAUGCGGCUGACAGCAAAACAGUCAAAUAUAACGGCAUGCUGCACGGUCUAACACACAUUUACAAAGAGGAAGGCAUAAGAGGCUUAUAUAAGGGUUUCAUUCCGGGCAUGCUUGGUGUCUCACAUGGUGCCAUACAAUUCAUGACAUACGAAGAAUUGAAAAAUUUUUACAAUGAAUAUCGUAAAUUGCCAAUCGACACUAGACUGGCCACUACUGAGUAUUUGACAUUCGCUGCUAUAUCAAAAUUAAUAGCUGCGGCCGCAACAUAUCCAUAUCAGGUGGUAAGAGCGCGUCUACAGGAUCAUCAUCACAAUUACAAUGGAAGUUGGGAUUGUAUUAAACAAAUAUGGAGGCACGAGAGAGGAAGAGGUUUUUAUAAGGGUUUGCAGCCUAGUUUGGUGCGUGUUGUGCCGGCCACCAUGCUCACUAUAUUAACAUAUGAAAAGGUCUCAUAUUUGCUAUUGCAACGUUCUCAGCUGAUGACGACCAACCAAAAGCGUAGUAGUUAAGCGUGUUCUUCUAAUCGCUUUAGUUUUUUCACCUUUGUAUUUAUGUAUAUGUUAUAGGCACGUACAUUCGAUUAUUAUAUUUCAUAAUUUCUUUGCAGCUUUAUUUUAAUUUAGUACUUAAACUUUAGUUAAACUUAUGUCUGCGUCACCAAAGUGGAAACAAAGAUUGCGAACAAAAUUCCUUUCAUUUUUUUAGUACCUAAGUUGAAAUCUUUAUUUUUUACAACUGGAUUUUUUUCAGAUUAUUUGAAAA